AUGGUUAAGAAGAAAUCGAAGGACGGUGGUAGUAAUGAUCCGAGAGCUGACUGGAAAGAACCUAAGGAAUUACAAGCUUUUUGUGAGUUCUAUGUUGUUCAAGUCAUAGACGGCAAGAAGAAAGGAGGAUUUUUGACCAAAACUGGGGUUGAUGCAGUGAUGGAGCAGUUGGGUGCCAUGGGAAAAGUGGGUGGAAGCAGUAUAACCAGUGUUUUGACAAUGACACUGGGUUGGGUUAUGAUGCUGGAACUGGGAAUGUUUGAGGCCAGUGAUGAGUGGUGGACCCGAAAGAUUAUGACAUGUCCUAAUGCAAAAACCUUUAAAAAUAAAGGUUUGCUGAAUUGUGACUUCCCGAACAUCAUGUUUGGAGGCACGGUUGCAUCGGGGAAAAAUGCGUUUUGCACGAGCGGUCAAACACCAAAGGAAACCACCGAAGGGUCUGGGACUCCGUUGAUAGCACGAACUUUGUUGACCCCCAAUGUGAACCCUUUGUGA